CACCCCUGGAUAGUUGGAACUCCAGUGACAGCCUCCAACGCCAGCUCCGUAACUAAGUAACCGCCUCGCUUUACCGGGCAUGCGCACAAACCCUGAAGCUAUUUGUAGGAGGCCGACGGCGAGCGGCGCGGCGGGGUUCCAGCACUCCUUUCGCGCCACCACCAAGAUGGCGGCGCCCAUGUUGCGGUGCGUUUCUCCGAGCCGGUGGUUUUGCACCCCGGGCCCGUGGGCAGUCUUGCCCCGGGGGCUGCGUGAAGCCCACUCGGGCAAUAAGGGGUUGCUGGCGGUGCAGAAGGCUCGGGGUUUGUUCAAAGAGUUCUUCCCCGACAAGGGCACGAAGGUAGAGCUCCCCGAGCUCUUCGACCGUAGCAUCGCGGGCAACUGUCCCCAGACCAUCUACUGCGGCUUCGACCCCACGGCGGACUCGCUUCAUGUGGGGCACCUGCUGACGCUGCUGGGCCUCUUUCACUUCCAGCGAGCCGGCCACAACGUGAUCGCCCUCGUGGGAGGCGCCACGGCGCGCCUGGGAGACCCCAGCGGGCGCACCAAGGAGCGCGAGGCGCUGGACGCGGAGCGCGUAGGCAGCAACGCGCGCGCCCUGCGCCGAGGGCUCGAGGCCCUGGCAGCGCAUCACCAGCAGCUCUUCUCCAAUGGGCGGGCCUGGGGCAGCUUCACGGUGCUGGACAACUCGGCCUGGUACCAGGAGCAGCACCUGGUGGACUUCCUGGCGGCGGUGGGCGGCCACUUCCGCAUGGGCACGCUGCUGAGCCGGCUGAGCGUCCAGACCCGGCUCAAGAGCCCGGAGGGCAUGAGCUUGGCCGAGUUCUUGUACCAGGUGCUCCAGGCCUACGACUUCUACUACUUGUUUCAGCGUUACGGAUGCCGGGUGCAGCUGGGCGGAUCUGAUCAGCUGGGCAACAUCACGUCGGGAUACGAGUUCAUCAACAAGUUGACUGGAGAAGACGUAUUUGGAAUCACUCUUCCCCUGAUUACAAGUACAACUGGAGCCAAACUGGGCAAGUCUGCUGGCAAUGCUGUGUGGCUGAGCAGGGAUAAGACAUCUCCAUUUGAACUGUAUCAGUUCUUCGUCAGGCAGCCAGAUGAUUCGGUAGAACGGUACCUGAGGCUCUUCACUUUUCUGCCCCUUCCGGAGAUCGACCACAUAAUGCAGCUGCACGUCAAAGAGCCAGAAAAGCGGGGUCCCCAGAAACGGCUUGCUGCGGAAGUCACGAAGCUGGUUCAUGGGCAAGAAGGGCUGGAUUCUGCCAAAAGGUGUACACAAGCCCUUUAUCACAGUAGCGUAGAUGCACUGGAGGUCAUGUCUGAUCAAGAGUUAAAAGAGUUGUUUAAAGAAGCUUCAUUUUCUGAAUUAGUUCUUGACCCCGGAACAAGCGUCCUAGAUACGUGCCGCAAAGCAAAUGCCAUUCCAGAUGGUCCCCGGGGGUAAGAUUACUUAACUUUCGGAUUCACAUUUAAUUCACUAUUAAAUGUUAUAAUUCACAGCA